AAACGACGGCUUAGAAUAUUAUUCUCGAUCUCCCAACAAAAAAAAAACGAUGUCACGACGACACUCAGAGGGCUGUCUUUUUAUCGGAAGACUGAGUAAAAACUGCAGAGCUAGAGAUCUAGAAGAUGUUUUUGAACCGUAUGGACGAAUGUCGCGUUGUGAAAUUAAAUAUGGAGCAGAAAUGGCAUAUGCCUUUGUGGACUAUGAAGACAGAAGAGAUGCUGAGGAUGCAAUCAGAUAUGAGAAUGGUCGUGAGGUAGCAGGUUCUGCCAUCAUAGUGGAGUGGGCGAAAGGUGCACCACGCCGGACUGGCAGAGACAGCAGGGAUAUGAGAGACAAUAGAAGCAGGGGAGCGGAUGAAUGUUACAGAUGUCAUAGAUCGGGACACUGGGCUAGGGACUGUCCAGAUGACAGACAUUACGGUUUUAGACGGCCCAAUCGUAGGUCAUCAAGGUCACCAAGGAGGAGAAGGUCAAGGUCACGAUCUAAGGACCGCAGAUCACGUAGUCGAAGCCGAGAUAGGAGGAGGAGCAGUCGCAGGUCAAGGUCUCGUAGCAGAAGCAAAAGUGAAGAGAAAAAGUCAGCUUCAGGGUCAAGGUCUCGCAGCAGGUCAAGGUCAGUUGAUGGUCAGGGGGUAAAUGGUGAUGACAACAAAUCGGGAAGUAGAUCACGGAGUCCAUCAAUAGACAAAGAAAAGUCGGCCUCUCCUUGAACCGUACACUGAACAUUCAUCCUUCAUAAAACAAAAGAUGCUGUUAACCAAAUGUUUUGUGUUAUUUUUCUGCUGAACUUUUUAUUCCUAUUUGUGUUUACUGUGCGAAGUAGAGAUUGGCUCGAAAUGUAGCUAGGACAACAAUUAGACAAAAAUUUAGUUUCCCUUGUAAUAACAUUAUGUGUGACAAGGAAAAAUGGCGAACAAUUUUAAAGUUCCAGUCCCUGCUGUGUUAAGUUUUAUGCUCUUGUUCAUCAUUUUAUUGUAUUGAAAAAUUAUAGUGAAAUGAAGCAAUUUGUACACAAUUUUUUGUUGUCAUUAGGGUAUUGAGGAAGUGUGUAAGGAUCAUUAAUUUAUAAUCCUAAAAUGGCCAAGAAAUAAAGACAGUUGGUUAAAGCACUUAACACAAAUGCAUCAUGAUCUUUUUUUUAAAAGUGGUUUUCAGGUAUCACUAGAAAUUUUUAUUCUUUACGGCUGAAAACAUUUUUGACAGAGUAAGUUUUGCUUAGACUGCUAGAAUGUUCAGAAUUUUUAAAGUAGUACAGUUUUUGUUGUCACCCUUUUGUUGAUGUCUGUAUCACAACAGUUUUGUAUCUACACGGAUUUAUCUAAAUCCACUUUACCAAAAUGCUUUACACAUGCUUUUGUCAAAAAUAUGCCCUAUUUUACUUUAAAAAUUUUGAUUUAAGUUUUGCAUGUACGGAGGUUUCUGAAAAGAUGCUUGGCUAAAUGCUUUCAGACUUCACACCAGUUUUAGGUAUUGUAAGAUGACCCCAAUGGAUGGAUUUCACAAAUCUAGCUUUGAGUGUGUUAAUAUUAGAAAUUUGUAAUAUUGGUAGUUUUGCAUGUAAGUAAGUGUAUGUUUCUCAGGAACCUUUUGACUAAAAUGUUUUCAGAUUAUCUGCCCCUAUCUUUGGCAUCAUAAAAUGACCUUACAUUGCAAGUUUUAUAUCUCUGGCUUACAUUGUGGUAAAAUCUUACCCCUCUUCAACUAGGAAAAUGUUGCUGAAGCUUUCCUACGUGAGCUAGAAUUAAGUAGAAGAGCUUCAAGUAGUCAAAACAUGCUUUUCUCUAUGUCCAAAUAUAAGCUGUGCUAUUUUUAGAAUGUUCAUUAAGAUUAUUGGUCAUAUGAUAGUGUCAUUUAAAUUUUAGAAAUUUGUUUUUUAACUUCUAGAAAACUAAGCACAUAACAUUAUUUUUCUCUUCUUGGUUGUUUAACCAAUCUAAAAUUGCAAAUUAAAGAAAGGUGCCAUUUACAUAAUCAUACGUUUAGCAAUAGCUAUAUAAAUCAGUGCUCAUUACAUAGAAAAAACAGCUACAAAUAUCAAUUACUGAGAAAUAAAUAGUUCAUUUUUAGCUCAUCUGAUUUUUUGAAAAAAAAUGAUGAGUUAUUGUCAUCACUUGAGCGGUUGUCGGCGUCGGCGUCGGCGUUGCCUGGUUAAGUUUUAUGUUUAGGUCACCUUUUCUCCUAAACUAUCAAAGCUAUUGCUUUGAAACUUGGAAUAGUUGUUCACCAUCAUAAGCUGACCCUGUAUAGCAAGAAACAUAACUCCAUCUUGCUUUUUGCAAGAUUUAUGGCCCCUUUUGUACUUAGAAAAUAUCAGAUUUCUUGGUUAAGUUUUAUGUUUAGGUCAACUUUUCUCCUAAACUAUCAAAGCUAUUGCUUUGAAACUUGGAAUACUUGUUCACCAUCAUAAGCAGACCCUGUACAUCAAGAAACAUAACUCCAUCUUGCUUUUUGCAAGAUUUAUGGCCCCUUUUGGACUUAGAAAAUCAGUUUUCUUGGUUAAGUUUUAUGUUUAGGUCAGCUUUUAUCCUAAACUAUCAAAGCUAUUGCUUUAAAACUUGCAACACUUGUUCACCAUCAUAAGUUGACCCUGUACAGCAAGAAACAUAACUCCAUCCUGCUUUUUGCAAGAUUUAUGGCCCCUUUUGGACUUAGAAAAUAUCAGAUUUCUUGGUUAAGUUUUAUGUUUAUGUCAACUUUUUCUCUUAAACUAUCAAAGCUAUUGCUUUGAAACUUGCAACACUUGUUGACCAUCAUAAGCUGACCCUGUACAGCAAGCAACAUAACUCCAUCCUGCUUUUUGCAAUAAUUAUUGCCCUUUUUGGACUUAGAAAAUAAUUUUCUUGGUUGAGUAUUAUGUUUAAGUCAACUUUUCUCAUAAACUAUCAAAGCUAUUGCUUUAAAACUUGCAACAGUUUUUCACCAUCAUAAGUGGACACUGAACAUCAAGAAACAUAACUCUAACCUGCUUUUGGCAAGAAUGAUGGCCCUUUUUAGACUUAGAAAAUCAUGGGUAGGACAAUAUUUCUAUUACACAAAAAAAAUCAGAUGAGCGUCAGCACCCGCAAGGCGGUGCUCUUGUUAAAAAAUACAGCUUCCUCAGCAAGUAGUGUCAUUUCACCAAAUGGAAGUACGUAGUACCCGGUACUUAAUUGAAAGAAAAAUGUCUCUCAUUUUGUCAUAUAAGUAUCAUAUUUUAUUACAUUUCUCAUUUUUAUCAUUGUAAAUAGAUCAUCACUUUUUCAGACAUAUUGACAAUGUCGGAAUCUUCAUUUCCUAGGUACUGGUAAAUGUUGAGACAAGAAUUUCAUGUUUUAUGUUGCUCACUGUGUAAUUUGUUUGUUUUCCAUUUGUGUUUUCCAUGAGUCAUUGACAUAGGACACUUAGAAAAUGUGUUACCACCAUAAAUGAAAUAUGUUAGGGCAAAUAAAAUCUUACUUCAUACAA